AUGACAGUAGAUGAAGAACAAGUGGUAGCAUCCGCAGUAGCUGUAGCAAGAGAAGUUAAUGAUCAAGCAAAAGGACAUGCUCAGGCAGCUGGUGUGCAAUUUGGAAGGGGAGUAAAGCCCAUGAAAGGGGGAAAUUCUAUCUUAUCUAAUCCUUAA